AUGGCCACCCCCAAGAUCAAGAUCGAAGACAACAGCUUCAGAAUCGGAGCCAGCCGCGUUGGCAGUGAGCAAUUGAACCCCACGGACACGAGCAACGACCAUGCUGGCGGCGUCUACUAUGGCCGCGACCUAUCCCGCGCUGCCACCGAUCGCGCCAGUCUCUCGCGCUCCCGUACCCUCGAUAUCGAGGCUGAUGGCGACGAGGGAGGCGAUUGGCGCCGAGAUGGCGACAGGAAGCAGGUCUUCAGGGGCAAGACUCUGCUCUGGCUGGCAUAUCAAUCCAUUGGUGUCAUCUAUGGAGACAUUGGAACCAGCCCCCUAUAUGUGUACUCGUCGACCUUCUCAGCCACUCCGACAAGGAACGAAAUCAUCCAAGUGCUGUCGCUCAUCAUCUGGUCCCUGACGCUCAUAGUCACAACUAAAUAUGUCUUCAUCAUUCUUCGUGCUGAUAACGAAGGCGAGGGCGGUACCUUCAGCUGCUACUCUCUCCUGACCCGAUAUGCAAACAUCGCCGGCAGAGAUCCGCGAGAAGAAGUUACAGUUCGGAUGGAGCGACACAACACCCAAGAUGUCCGCCCUUCCACUCGGAGCAUCCGUAAAAUCAUCGAGAACAGCAAGUUUACUCGUGCCUUCCUGAAAACGAUUGGCGUUUUGGCCGUCUCCAUGGUCAUGGCCGACGGCGUCCUCACCCCAGCUCAGUCGGUCCUGGGUGCCAUCCAGGGUUUAUCGGUUGUGAAGCCCGACAUCGGCACACCAACGAUUGUCGGUACCAGCUGUGCCAUCCUUGUUCUCCUCUUCUUCAUCCAGCCCCUGGGGACCACGAGAAUUGCCUUGGGUUUUGCACCCAUUGUCAUAGUCUGGCUCGGGCUCAACGGCUGCUUCGGCAUUUACAACCUCGCCAAGUAUGACUGGACUGUCCUCAAGGCCUUUAGCCCCUCCUUCGCCAUCCAAUUCUUCGUCGAGCACAAGACUGAGGGAUGGAAGAUGCUAGGCGGUGUCCUGCUCGCCUUCACCGGCGUCGAAGCCCUCUUCGCCGAUCUCGGCGCAUUCAGCAUCGGACAGGCUGCUCACCUUGCUCUCAUGCCUGACAAGUACACUAACCCCUUCUUCAAUACCGUCCCACCCGGAAUGCUCUACCCCAGCUUGGUUCUUGCCAUCUUGGCUGCUAUUGUUGCUUCGCAGGCUAUAAUCACGGCAACGUUCCAGCUGAUCAGCCAAAUAAUGAAGCUCUCCUAUUGCCCUCAGGUGAAAGUGGUGCACACAUCUAUCAAGUUUCAUGGCCAGCUCCUGGGUCAUGCUUACGGCGUUUGUGUUAUUUUCGUCACCUUCUUCGACACCCUUAUGGUCACGCUGGUUGCCAUCCUCGUCUGGCGUCGUCCAAUAUGGCUCGUAUGCAUGCCGGCUCUACUCUUUGCUACCCUCGACGGGCUAUAUCUCUCGUCGGCCCUUAACAAAGUACCCGAUGGCGCCUGGUUUACGCUUCUUCUCUCCGCCAUCUUGGCUGGCUCCUUUCUGCUGUGGAGGUUCGGUAAGGAGAACCAGUGGCGCGCCGAGGCCGAGGAUCGUUUCCCGCCCAAGAAUCUCGUCACGAAGACUGAGGACGGGUCAUUGGCGCUGACUCCUCGCUGGGGUGGCAUCCCAAUUUCUACCGUCGGCGGUUUCGGCAUCUUCUUCGACAAGACUGGGGUGCUAACUCCGAGCGUUUUCACCCACUUCAUCUCCAAACUGGGCACAGUGCCAAAUGUUUCUGUCUUCUUCCACCUCCACCCGGUCGAGACCCCAUCUGUCGCCGACGAAGAACGUUAUCACGUCUCACGAUUCACUGCCAUCCCGGGCUGUUACCGCCUCGUAAUCAGCCACGGCUAUAUGGACGAGGUCAUCAGCCCAGACUUGGGUAUUUUGAUUUACGAACAGGUACGCAGGUUCAUCAUGAAACAAAGCGCGGCCAAGCCCGUCGCUGCCAACUUUGCCGCCGAAAACGAGUCAGGGAACAAUGUGACGUCGGGGUCCGUCGAGAAUGCGGAGGACCUUCCCGAGCCCAUGAAUGAGAGGCUCGAGGCGGAGUUGAUGAGGCUGGAUCGCGCAUAUUCACAAAAGGUACUGUAUAUUGUGGGCAAGGGUCAAAUGCGAGUCCGAACGGGGACGAGCAUCAUGAGACGAAUUUUGCUGGUAACCUUUCUUUGGUUAAGGGACAAUACCCGCGCAAAAGUUGCGAAUCUGAGGUUGACAAUGGAGAGAAUUGUUGAAGUGGGGUUUGUGAAGGAGAUCUGA